GUCUGAGACAGAGGGCAAAGCGGCGAGCAGCAGAGAGGCAUCGCCCUAGAUAACGGUAGAAUCGUGGGCUGGUGUCGUGCUGCUUUUCGCGAAAGUGCUUUGGAAAACCGAGAGGAACCGUAUCGAGGCCGUUCGACCGUAUCUAGUAAAAUCAUUAUCAGAACUGAGGUUGUUAUCCGGUGGUGUGUGGAAGACCCGCCUCGAGCCAGUGAUUAUCGGCUCAUCGAGGCGAUCGUAUAGAGGACCGUGCCCUAAGGAGCUUUGGUGCACCCGCGGCGCGCGAGAUUUUCGACCGAGUGCGGAAUUUUCUCAGCCACCGGUGGAGCACGUUUCGUUUCGUUCGUAGCGACUAUAUCUGGUUCGUGGCGACCGUAUUAGUCGGCACCAGUCCACGGAUUCUCCCCGCGGUCGCUUUCGAUGUGUUCGCUACGCGUACGGGACGACGAACCGACCAGCACAGGAGUAGGAAGCGAGUAAUCGCCGGAGAAUCUCUGUAGAUUGGGAUAUAGUGGGCCGUGGACAAGGACGGAGAACGUACGAUAGAGAGGGAGGGAGACGAAGAGAGUGUAACGAAGGAGUGCGCGAGGAAGAAAGAGAGGGACGAAUACGAGAGUGCGAUAGAGGGCCAUUAGAUCCGAGGGGUACACGGGUGUACGAGUCGAGUACGCCAAACAGAUUCAACGAAUAUUUUCGAAGGUGCAAGCAGGUCUGGUCUAACUGAAAGCAAAGAGGAGCAAAACGUGGCGGAUUCGGUGACCCCUCGGCUGUGACCAGAGGCGCACAGAGAAUUAGGGCAAGGAAAUGCGUGAAUAUAAAAUAGUGGUGUUGGGCAGUGGAGGUGUAGGCAAGUCCGCCCUCACUGUCCAGUUCGUACAAGGAAUCUUCGUGGAGAAGUACGAUCCGACGAUCGAGGACAGCUACCGCAAACAGGUCGAGGUCGACGGUCAACAAUGUAUGUUAGAAAUCCUAGACACAGCCGGAACGGAACAAUUCACAGCCAUGAGGGACCUUUACAUGAAAAAUGGCCAAGGAUUCGUGUUAGUGUACUCGAUAACGGCACAGUCGACGUUCAACGACCUGCAGGACCUCAGGGAGCAAAUCCUGCGGGUGAAGGACACAGAUGACGUGCCGAUGGUGCUGGUGGGCAACAAGUGUGACUUGGAGGACGAAAGGGUAGUGGGCAAAGACCAGGGCGUCAACCUUGCCCGGCAAUUUAACUGCGCGUUCAUGGAGACCUCUGCCAAAGCCAAAAUUAAUGUUAACGAUAUCUUCUAUGACCUGGUGCGACAAAUCAACAAAAAGUCACCAGAGAAGAAGAUGAAGCAAAAAAAGAAAUCGCUGUGCCUACUUCUGUAAGGUAGAUCUAGCAGAAGCCCAUACUCUCCUGCAUGAAACAAAUUCACAGAAAAACUAAAGGGACAAAAAAUCAACCAGCAACAACCAGCAACAAAUCCGGACACAACCAGCGGAUGAUACAGGGGUUCAGGCGAUCACUGAAUAAAACUAAAGCUAGUUGACAAGGAGGGGGCUGAUGGAAUCACAAUAAAUAGAAGAAAAAAGGGACAAGAAACGCGGAACACACAAGAAGACGUAGAACACCAAGAAGAAGAGGAAGAAAAAAAUAAAUGAAGGAGGUGACAAUGAGAGACAGGGGCAAGAAAGAAAGUGUGGAAGAUGGAGAGCGUGGAAAAGGAAGUAGAAGAGAAUAAAACAGAGAUAGCGGGGGAAAUAUAAGCAGGGAGUAAAAAAUAACAAAAAAAGAAACUAAUAAUGUUGUACAUACGUUGGUCCCGGGGUGGUUCGUGUGCACGCGCAAACAAAGAGGCGCACAAAGAGUUUUUUAGUGUUAACGAGACCCCGUGACGUCGGUUAUCAUUAUAGUAGGAGUUUUGCAUUAAUGAAUAAACAAGAAGAAAAAGAAAGGAAGAGAGAAGACAGAAGAACACAAGUGGGGAUGAAUAAAAGAAAUAUGAUUAAUUAAUGAUAGUAUAUAAAUAUAUAUAUAUAUAUAUAUUUAGGAGAAAAGGAUGAAAAAAAAAAAGAAAAAUGUUUGGAUGUGCGCGUGCGCAGGCCACUGGCCCUCAUGCAUCGCUCGCCGCGCACUUCUCUCUUAUAUAUAUAUAUAUAAUAUAAUAAUUAUACAUAGACAGUACACAUACACACAAUAAAGAGAAAAAGAACACAGACAGACAGAGACACACACACGAAUGAUUAUUAUUACUAUUAUUAUUAUUAUUAAUUAUUAUCGAAGCAUCAAAAUAUUCAUAAGUUAUAUCAACCGUUUGUUUCUCGAACAAUAUAUGUUUUUUCUAUAUCUCUCCGUAUUAAAGCAAAUAAUAAAAAAUCUCUCAGUGAAUGUUAAGAAAAAGAUAAAAAACGAAAACAAAGAAAAUAAGCCCAGGCUCUCUGGUUCUCCUCCUCAUUGCUACAACCUAGACACCUAAUCUGUUUUUUCCCUUCUUUUUUUUAUACGAUCGUGUAAGUUUCAUAUAUAUAUAUAUAUUUAAUCCGUUUAAAAUUUGGUUUUGUUUCGUAAUAAAUAUUGUUCGAAGCGUA